AUGUAUAGUGAGAUGGAUAUGAUGGGUGUUUAUUUUUUUACAAUUCUUAUAAUAUUGACUCCAACAAUAAAUUUCGUCGAUGGGUCACACUUUCGAGGUGGUAUAGUCAGUUGGCGAGCAUGGAACACAAAUCCAUCGGGUACGACGGCUUCAAUUUUAAUUCAUCAACGAUUUUCAUGGCGUCGUAAUUAUUGGGGGGCAGCAAACAAUUGUACGGACCUGACGAUAGCCCAACAAGGACUAGUCGGUUCAGGCACGGGCUCGUCAACAUGUGUUGGCGGUGGUAAUUGUGCAUCGCUCUCUCCGAUCAACGCCGAUGUAAAAUGUACCGACUACAGUUCCGCAGCUAAUUGGGCAUCAGGCGAACGAUACGACAACCGAACUCUUUUCCUUAACCGUUCAUAUACUGUCACAUUCACGAGCAAUGCAUGGAUGCAGCUAGCAAUUGGAGGAAAUGGCGAUUGUUCAAAAUCGAAUGAAGAUUAUUAUACUAUUCUUGGAGUUAGUCGAACAGCAACAGAUGAAGAAAUAAAACGUGCAUAUAGAAGAUUAGCUUUGCAACUUCAUCCUGAUAAAAAUCCUGAUCCUGAUGCAACUGCUCGAUUUCAAUCUGUUAAUAAAGCUUAUAAAGUACUUGGAGAUCCAAAACUUCGAUCAACUUAUGAUUUUUUAGGAGCACACGAAUAUCCUCAAACAAUGAAUACAAUGUCAACAUGUAAAAAAAUUCUAUAUGGUUUAAUAUGUUGUCUUACUGGUUGUUGUUUCUGUGGAUGUUGUUUUUGUUUAUGUGGUUGUUGUUGUUGUUGCAAUUUUUGUUGUAAUGGAUGUUGUGGAAAAUAUAAAAAUUCUACUGUAUCAACUUCAACGGAUGAUACACAACCAGAGAAUAAUUCAAAUGAUCCAUCAAAUAAUUCUCAAAGAACUGAUUUUGUUCGUCAACAACCAACUGACAACCUUACAGAUUCAGAAAAAUUUUAG